AUGUCAAACUCUGGUCCUUCUGACAAGGACUUCGCAAGUCAUGAAAUGAGUGACCUUAAAUUGAGCAACAAAUCGGACAUUAUAAUAAAUGAUUCCAUAGCAAAUAAUGAGGGAGAUGCUGAGUACUAUGAAAAGACAUUUGCCAACUCUGACGAUUAUAAUUAUGAAUCGAAGGGCUCUAGUUGGAGGCGAUUCAAGGACUCCUUCAAAAGAGCUGACCGCAUCAAUCAAGACAUCCUGGGCUCUGCUGAUUUGGAGUUGAACCCAUCCCACAGUUUAGUCGCAGAAAAUGCUAAUCUAAAGCAAAAUAUUAAAGGAAGACACGUUCUUAUGAUGUCUUUGGCCACUGGUAUUGGUACCGGUUUGCUUGUUGGUAACGGUAAAACUUUAUACACUGGUGGUCCAGCUGGUUUGACUAUUGGUUAUGCCAUCAUGGGUUCCUGUUUGUACAGUAUUAUCCAAGCUGCUGGUGAGAUGGCUGUUGCAUACCCAACUUUGGUUGGUAAUUUCAACAAUUACCCAUCUUUCUUGGUCGACCCCGCUUUGUGUUUCGCUACUUCUAUCAUUUACUGUUUGCAAUGGUUAUGUGUUUUCCCAUUGGAAAUCAUUUCUGCAUCUCUCACAAUCAAGUACUGGACUACCUCUGUCAACCCCAACGUUUUCUGUGCCAUCUUUUACUGUUUAAUUAUUUUCAUUAAUUUGUGUGGGUCCGCUGGUUACGCAGAAGCGGACUUCUUCUUCAACACUUGUAAAGUUUUGAUGUUCAUUGGUUUCUUUAUUUUAGGUAUCAUCAUAAAUUGCGGCGGUGCUGGUAAUGAUGGAUACAUUGGUGCUAAGUACUGGCACAAUCCAGGUGCCUUUAAUGGUCACACUAGUAUCGAUAGAUUCAAGGCUGUUGUUUCUACCCUAGUUACCGCUGCUUUUGCAUUUGGUGCUUCAGAAUCUGUUGCGUUGACCGCUAGUGAACAGUCUAACCCAAGAAAGGCUAUCCCAAGUGCUGCAAAACAAGUUUUGUACAGAAUCAUCGCCAUUUUCUUAGGUAGUAUCAUUCUUAUUGGUUUCUUGGUCCCAUAUAACUCCACAGAAUUGAUGGGUUCCGGUAGUUCUUCUGUGCAUGCAUCUCCAUAUGUGAUUGCUGUUGCCUCCCACGGUGUUAAGGUUGUUCCACACUUCAUCAAUGCUGUCAUCUUGUUAUCAGUUUUGUCUGUGGGUAACUUUGCAUUCUACUCUAGUUCUCGUAUUUUGCUAUGUUUAUCCGAGAUUGGUUAUGCUCCAAAGCAACUACAAUACGUUGAUAGAAUGGGAAGACCCUUAUAUGCUAUGAUUAUUGGUGCCAUUUUCGGAUGUAUUUGCUUCGUCAGUGCUUCACCAAAGGAAGAACAAGUGUUCACUUGGCUAUUGGCCAUCUCAGGUUUGUCACAAUUGUUCACAUGGAUGGCCAUCUGUAUUUCUCACAUUAGAUUCAGAAAGGCCUUAACUGUUCAAAACAGAACUGCAGGAGAGUUAGGUUUCAGAUCCCAGGUUGGUGUUUGGGGCUCAUGGUACGGUGUCAUCAUGAUGUUCUUGAUCUUAAUUGGUCAAUUUUGGGUCGCUUUGUUCCCAAUCGGUGGUAAGAAGGGUGCUGAUGCAAACAACUUCUUCCAAAACUAUUUGGCAUUACCUGUCUUCUUAGUACUAUACUUGGGUUACAAGACAUACUACAAGGAUUGGAGGCUAGUUAUCCCGGCCGAAGAAGUCGAUCUUGUUUCUCACAGAAAGCUCUUCGAUGAAGACGUACUAAAACAGGAAGACGAGGAAUAUAAACUCAGAUUAAAGCACGCAUCCUUCUGGGCAAAGAUGCAAGAUUUCUGGUGUUAA